UGUAUAACAAAAAUGGAACGAUUUUGCAAGAGCUAUGAAUAGUUCCAAAAACGAUCAAUAACUCAAAUCAUAAUCUAUUGUCAAGAAUAAAUAAGUCGCUGCUUGAAGUCUGAUAAGCCUUACGCUCCAAGACCAACAAGGCUUAGUGCAAUAACAAUAGAUGGUUUCUAUUUACAUGAGGAGCAUUUAUUAUGAAUCGUGUACAAGGAAUCCAAGGGUGCAUGUUUUAGGAUUUGAUCAUAAAGUUUGAUAUAUUCUCUAAAUUCUGUGCAUGUAAUCCUAGACCCAUGGAGACACAAUCAGACUUACAGACACAGUAUCAGGCUUACAGGCCUUACAGCCCACCAAAACAGACUCAAAAUGACUUCAGACCUUUCUCAAGACAGAGACGGCCAAGGACAGUUGCGGGUUAUAUGGGGAUAGGUUUAGGGGAACCAGAUUUUCAGCGUCAUAACGGGACGUCAUAUUCUGGUAUGAACCAGUGGCGUAAUGGUGAAAAAGGUAUGCGUGUCCCAGAAACCAUCAGUGGUACAAGAAUUCCUCUCACAACAUCUGAUGCCAAUUGGCGAAAAACUAAAUCUACAAUAAAAAGGGAUGCUGGCUGGCCUAUCACAGGAGGUGAUGUACUGAACUCAGCCAGAGAGGCACAUCCAGGACUACAGUAUGACAAGGCUUACUAUGAUCUAAUGCAGAAAGUGGCAUACAGAUAUCCCAACCCUGGGCCACCAAGGGAGCGAGCGGGCCGUAUAGGAGGCACAUGGCGUCAUAUCAAAGAGGUUCAAAGUAAUGGUGAAAACAGAGUAGUGUUUGUAGAUGGACUAGUCAGAGUAUAUGACACUCAAAAAGUCAACAGUCAUCUGUUGCAUUCUGGGAUAGCUCCUACUGCCAAAAUGGCAACCCCAAUAUAUACUGACAGAAGGGAUAUAAAUUUUAGAGAAGGAUUAGAAAAUGAAAUACACAGAGGUGGAUAUAAACCAUGGUAUACAGAAAAAGUUCCAAGAGUACAAGAUACAGGACUCCGUAGUAUGGGACGUAUGGAAAACUACCAGGACAAAUAUAAAGGAUUUUAUAAAAUGAAUCCUACACCAACAAAUAUCAGAAGUAAGAUAGCGAUCCAAGGAUUCUGAAAUAUAAAAUGACCAAUCAGUGAAAACCAUCAAUGAAGAACCUAACAUUUUUUACAAUUGAGCGGCAGUGAAUAGCAACAUAUAAUCAAACAUUUUUGUUGUGUAUAUUGAAUCUGAUACCUGGCAUUAUUGAUCUAUUUAGUCAUUUUGAAAGGAUCAAUUGCCUUAUGCUUUUCAUCUCUUACAUCAAAAAGAGAGCCAUCUAGACAGUGACAUUCUCCUUCUUGAUUGAAAAAUAUCCGGACAUAAGAUAUGUAGGAUAAUGACAUCACAUGUCAUCUUUUCAAUAGACCUUUGGUUCGUUCACAUGCAAACUUAGAAAUGUGAACCUGUUAGUAACAUUGGUAGAUGUAUUAGUAUUUCAUCUCAAAUUACAGUAUUACACGUUACA